CUAGCUUCCUUACAAUUUUCCUUAUUGUGACAAUAGCCACGCUUUUUUUGUCGUUAAACAAUGUACCUCCGACGCUUUCAAGAAAAUUUAAAUACGAAAGCUAUGCAUUUCAAGUAGUUUUGUCACUUUUCUUUUACGUAGAUUGAUGCAAUAUUAGAUAAGUCCGCUAUUUACUCCAGAAUGUUGCUUAUUAUUUUUCGUCUUGUAUGUAAUCAGCUUCUUUUCUUCCUAGAUUUCUUUCUAUGAACAUAAUAGGCUCGUAAUUCAUGAGUUCAAGGACUGAAGGUCCUUUGACUUUCUGACUAAGAACGUCUCAUUGACGAGGCCAUAAAGAAAAACAUCGAGAAAACAUUCACUACGAUGCUAAAGUAGAAAACUCAACGAAAUAAGCAAGAAUCAUAAGGUCUGUUUAGUCUGGGUUCCAUCAGGAAUCAAAGGUACUGAAGAGGCCAACACACUUGCCAGGAAAGAAGGAGCACAAACUACUCUCGUUGAAGGAAUAUUCUUCAGCAGUGUUGGAGAAUGUAUCUAGAAGAAAUAGUUCCAGGAGAAGUAUAAAACCGAGAAAGAGAAUAACUCUUGAGGAAUCUUCCGAGACUGGAACACUCAAAAAAGUUCCUUGGGAAUUUUAACACUAGAUCUAAGAAGUACCUGGAUCUUUGCAAGAAUAUGCUGUACCUCCUUACUGGACUCCUUGUAGGGCAAUAUUGUCGCCUCAGGAAGCACAUUAUGAAAAUGGGUCUAGCCUAAGCUAACGAGUGUAGAUUCUGUGAGGAGAAGGAAGAAGCUACAGAUAACCUGGUGACAGCCUUUCCAUUGUUAACCAAGUAAAAAAUGCUUUAGACGAUGUAACGAGGAUGUUACCUCUUUCAAGCCAUCCCAGAUACCCUAGUUCAGAGAACUCUGGAAGUGGACGCACAAUAGAUCUUUAGUGCAACGCAAACCCCUUUAAAAUUUAGAAAUCAACCGUACAGCAUAAACCAUCAGUCCUAAGUUGAUUCAUGGUUCGAAAAAGUUGAAGGAAGAUCGACAAACCUCUUUUCAAUGCAAACAAUACUUAUUUUCUUGAAAAUGACCAUGAAUACUAUAAUAUUCGAGUCUGUUCUUCAGAGAUUAAUCAGUUAGACUCAAGAAUUAGAUCUCAUCCAAGCUGUAGAGGUCUGACUUGGACCAAAAAUGAUAUUCGAAAACUCAAAAUACUCACGAGCCUAUUCUGUCAGUAAUGAUUCUAUACAUGUAUACCGAAGUAUACCUUAAACUUUCCUCUUUGUUUACUCUUCUCUUAUUUUUACCCUCUUAACACCUCUUCGAAUGUUAACUAGCACUUGCACAUAUUUCCUCUUCUUCUAUAGAUUCAAUCGGCACCCAAAACUAUCGAUUCUUGAGCACCAAAUGAUACAUUUCUAUUUUUCUUGCCUUCCAAUAUAUUGAAGGAGCUGGAAAUGGCUCCAGGGACAAAUUAUUAUAUCUUCAGGAAUCUAGCACCGAAUACAAAUUACAAUGUGUCAAUAAGUAUGAGAAAUAGUGUUGGUAUAGGUCCUUCGGCCCAAGUCACGAUUUCAACACCACCCGAACCAUCUGCAAGGCAUUCGAAAAAGCCUAUUCUCAUCCUAGGCACUGAGCACAGUGUCAUCAAGCAAGGAGCUCAUAUCAUUGACGAACCUGUUCUUCUAUAUGAAACCGAAAAGCAAAUAAAAGGUCUGGCGGUCCAUAUAAGCAAAAAACUGCUGUUCGUAUCAGAGUCUGACGGCCAUGUGGCGAAAAUGUCCAUGGAAACGAAUAUUACAACUUAUAUCCUCACCCCAGAUCAGAUCAAUUUCAUGCCCUUAGAUUUAUCGGUGGAUUGGCUGAAUGAUCAGAUUUACAUCUUGGGCGCUAUCAAAUUCAGCAGGAUGUAUCUGAUUGCUCGUUGUAACCUCGACGGCAGUGGUUUAACUGUGGCUAUUGCUGGGCUGCCGAUAAAACCACACUGCAUGGAGGUGGAUCCCUACAAUGGAUAUCUAUUUUGGGCAAUAAAGGGAAGCACGAAAGGAGGAAUUCAUAGGCUGGACCUAGCUGAUAUCAGCAAUGGGAUAAGGCAUGAAGUGAGACCAGAAAUAAUAUUCAAAGACGAAAACCUAGGAGCCUUCACCUUAGACCACACAAAUUUCAGUAUUUUAGUAGCUCGGCAAAGAAACAAUACAAUAAAUUCAAUAUCGCUCGAUGGAAAGGAAGUUUACGAUAUGAGACCCAAAGUGAUAAAAUCCAAAAUGCACAAGGUGGUCUCCCUGGCUACGGCCAACAAAAUCUUCUACUGGACAGACGGCGUCAGUAUUUUUUACGAAGAACACAGGAAUGCGUAUUAUCACAAUUCUUAUCCCGAUUUAUCGCCGAGGACUUAUCACAAAGUCAUCGUCAAUCUGGAGAGUUCUCAGCCAAUUCCGAUUCCAGUGAAUCCCCCAAGGAACCUACAGGCGAUGUUUGGGAAUCACUUCGCCAAAGUCAGCUGGGAAGCUCCUCAUCUGUUGGAUGGACAAGGACGAGGUGCAUGGCAAAACUGGUCUUACGAGGUAUCGCUAAAAAAUAUAAUAACCAAUGAAAAGACUGCGAUCAAGGAAAUCAAUGGCAGCUCUUGCACCGUUCAAAACCUGGCAGUAAACUCCAAAUAUUUGAUCAAAACAGCAGCUUACACAACGUACGGACGAGGACCAUGGUCCAGAGAGUUCAUCGGUGCCACUCUGCUUAACAAAAAAGAAGAACCUUUCAUACUUUGGGCAGCAGCAGAAGGAUUACUAAGGUCAGAUCCCACUGGACAAAGCGUGAAAACGAUGAUACACAUCGAUGAAAUGAAACAUACCGUUGACAUGAAACACUUCUUCAUAACCAACAUAGCUUGGUACCAACAACACAUAUACAUGGUAACGAACAAUUCGCAAGUUUUUUGGUACGAUUCAAGUACGCGCGAGCUGAAAAAACUCAUAGAUUAUGUGGGCAGCAUUGGCAUAGACUGGAUAGGAAAAAAAUUGUACUGGUACAAUCACAAACAACAAAUGAUGAUAAGAGGAAAUCUGAAUGGAACCAUGCAAGAACCACUCAGUAUCACAGAUGUAGUCAGAGAGUUGGAGAUCGAUUCGGUUAAAGCAUAUAUUUAUUGGUCGACUGGGUACGAUGUUGAAUGCGCUCACCUUAAUGGAGUUGAUAAAAUAGACUAUAGGAAGGAUGAAUUCUACUCUGGAAAACAAGUUAUGGGUUUGACCCUAGACAUGGACCACAAAAACCUCUACUGGAUCGUUAGGGGUUCAGAAGGAUCGAGCUUAUUCAAAGCACCAAUGGCUGGUUACAUCGAUACAAAGCAUAUAACUGUGGAAAAAAUUGCUAACUUGCGAAAUCCUGUUGAAGGACCCCUCUCCUACUUCCACAACAGGCUCCUUUGGCUCCAGGACAAUAAAACUGCCAUGGUCAGUGAUCUUUUAGGUCAAAAUAUUGCCACACUCAAAGAAGCAACGAUCAAAGAAUUGACGACUGUCUAUGUGGUGGAUCCUACCUUUUACAAACUCCCAGAAACAGAUACAAUAAAAGUGGAGGACAUUGUGGUAAUCCCGAACAUUGUUCAAAGGAAUUCCGUAAAAGUUACAGGAACCUCGAGUUCGUUCAACGUUUCUUGGAGCCCAGUAGACAACGUUAACUAUGGGACUGUUUUUUACGAAGUACAAAUCGACAAUAUGUCCCAUAAUAAUUCCACUAUAAUCACCACACAUCCUUCCGUCAAAUACUGGCAAAAGGUUACACCCUACACGAAACUCAAUAUGUCCAUCAGAGCAUUCACCUACUGGGGAACUUCGCCAGAAAUGAAAGCGAACAUUUUUUCGCCCCCAUCAACGCCAUCGGAACCCAGAAACACGAGAACUUACGUCCAGAACAUGAUGGACAAUGAAAAAAACGUCACGAUAAGGUUCAGAUGGGACACGCCCUUGUAUCCCAACGGUAUAAUCCAGGGAUAUAGAGUUUUCUGCUGGUACUACCACGAAGGUGCCAAAUUGGAUAUUUGCCACAAGGUCAUAAAAAGACCUGAGGAAAUGGAGCAUGUUGUUCAGAAUGUGAACAGAAACGAAACUUAUUUCUUUGAGGUGAGAGCCUUCACCAAGAUUGGAGAUGGAAAAAUGUCCGAGCCUCUUUUGGUGAACGCCAAGGAAGAAUUCCCCCUUCCCACCCUACUGAUAGCUUCAGCAGAUUCAAUUUACGUCCAGGACAUCGACGCCAAUCGAAAUUAUUCCCUUCUACACGGAUUAAACUCACCCAUGGAAAUGGGUUACUUGAUGAAGGAGAACAAAAUAUUCUGGAUCAACGAAAUGAAGGAACUGUACAUGUACACCACCACAACCUUAAACAAGACGAAAAUUCUCGACAUCGGAGGAAACGCGACAGGUUUAACCAUAGAUUGGCUGGAAAGAAGCGUGUAUUUUGUUGUAACGGAAGGAAAAUAUUCCAUGAUAAAUAAGAUAGAUUUGAAUCUGUACGAGAAGGGAUUGCUGCAACCUGUGGAGGUACUGAGAAGGCCUUUCAAUAUAUCCAAAUUGGAAAUUUCGCCUUUCACGAGGAAACUAUACUGGAUAGAAGUGGAGGAUAAGACUUAUUUUAGACUGAUGGAGAGCAACGUUGAUGGUGGUAGAAUCAUUCAAUUCUUUUCCAGAUUCGAUAGAACUAAAAGGUUUACUGACGAGAUGAGGGAUAAAUGUAAUUGUCCUUUGAAUCCAGCGGUUGAAAGUUCAUUCUCGAUAGAUCAUUCUAAUACCACGCAAAAACCAUUAUUCACCUUCAUAGACCACAAUUCGAAGAAUAUUUUGUCGUCUGAUAAAGAAGGCUGUGAAUGUGACGUCAUAGCUAAUUAUUCAACUGUUAGCAACUAUUUACCGGUGGAGAAGAUAAAAUCUGAUUUUGGGUCUUUAUACUGGACAAACCAAGAACAGGGGAACUUAUACGUCCUGAAACGUCAGAAGGAACCGACGGUUGUAUCUAGAGAAGUGAGAGCCUUAGAUAUAUCGAUAUUUGGACACCACAUCCAACCGCAUCCAUCCAAACAAUGCUUGGCCCCCAAGCAAAACAAGGCAUCCAGUGUUAUCCUAGGAAGAAGGAAAUCUUCAUCCUUGCAUCUAAUACUCCCGGACUAUCAAAUUCAUGAAAACUGCUCAGGUGUUUCUUUAGCAACGGUGCAAUACACUUUGUGCUACAGUGAGGAAACUGAGGCUUGCGAAUCUUGCAUGGGAGAUUGCCACAGGAUUGAUACUUUCAGCAAGGAGAUAGAAAUAAGAGGACUGCAUCCUUAUACUAAAUACAAAAUAUGGGUUUCCUACGGAAAUCACUUCACCAAAUCUGAAGAUAGGGUUGUUGGGCCGGUAGUUGUACUGCAGACAGCCCCAGGAGCUCCUUCCAAGCCUGUCAAUGUAACAGCAACAGUCCUAAAUCCAACAUUGGCUGAAGUCACUUGGAAACCUCCAUUAAAACUGAACGGAGAAACGGUUUUCUAUGAGGUCCAUUGGCAAACGGAAGGAACAAGAUCUGGCGUUAGAAAGAAGGAGGAACAACCAGUUCAAGAACAUCAAACAACCGAAAACACCCAAAAGACAUUCAAGUCCUUUUUGCAUAAAUUAUCGCCCAAUGAAACAUACACGGUGUGGAUCAGAGCUUACUGUGAAAACAACGCGACAUCAACCGACAGUGAAAAAGUGAAGAUAGUGACUUAUCCAGAGCCGUCUGGGAUCAACUUGCUGAAUAAGACAUCACAGACGAUGUCGCUAUCUUGGAAUAACUCGCAACACGUCCAGAGCGCCAAAAUUCAGUACUCGACUCCGAUAUCCGAUCACUGGCUAAACGCCACACUUUUGGAACAAAAAAAGGACGUGUUGUAUUUUCAUGUGAAAGAUUUACAACCGAAAAGUUUCUACAGAUUUAGACUCAGCCUUAUCUACGAGAAAUACAAAACUGAAUUCGUAUGGCCUUUGGAUUCUAAGUUUACCUUCGAAACUCUUGGUGAUCGGCCCUCUCCACCUGGUAUACCUAUAAUACAAUAUAUGAACCCGAAUGAGUACAAAGUGUGGUGGGAAACUGCAAGGGAAAAUGGGGCGCCUAUUGAGUUAUAUAGGCUGGAGGGGUUGUUGCUGAAACAUUAUCGUACAAGAAGGAGCACCAACAGAACUGCUUUCUUCUACACGGCCCCUUCUAUAAUAGAAGAAGAACCUCAAUGGAAAACUUUCUACAACGGAACUAACACCUCGUGGAUAAUAAAUGGUCUCAGCGAAGAUUACAAGUAUGUGUUCAGAGUUUUUGCUUUGAACUCUUUUGGAUGGAGCGAUCCCAGUAAAGAGAGCAUCGAGUUUGACUUGAACGAAACUGCUAGGUUGGCUGAUAAACAAUCGGCUAUGACGGUGGUUAUUAUAGCUACUGGAAUAACCAUAAGUUUCAUUUUCAUAGUGAUCAUUGUACUGAUCUCGCUGUUAUGCACCAGCAAGAAAAAAGAACCCCAAGUCAUCCAUAUACCAAGAGCUCCAGAUGUGGAACUGGCCACACUCAGGGAACUACCAAGACGUGGAGUACACAAUACAAACGUGCUCUACGUUUCAACUCAACCUACACCCGAAGAAAUCAAACUUCUUCCCCACAUCAAGAGAGAACAGAUAACCCUCACCAAAUUCCUCGGGAGCGGUGCCUUUGGCGAGGUUUUCGAAGGUAAAGCCAAGGAUAUUCCGGGACACACUAAAGUUGCCAUCAAGACCUUACGCAAAGGCGCGUCCGAUCAAGAAAAAACCGAGUUUCUUCAAGAGGCGCAACUGAUGAGUCAUUUCAAACACGAACAUAUUCUGGAACUGUUGGGAGUAUGCCUCGAUAAUGACCCGCAUUUCAUAAUCAUGGAACUGAUGCAAGGGGGAGAUUUGUUGACUUAUUUGAGGUCUUCAAGAAAGCCAGUGACGAAUACCCCGAUGCUGACUCUGAUCGAGCUGCUGAAGAUGUGUGUGGACGUAGCCAGAGGGUGUCGGUAUCUUGAAGAGAUGCAUUUCGUUCAUAGGGACUUAGCCUGUCGUAACUGCCUAGUGUCAUCGACGGAUCCAGAGGUCAGAAUAGUUAAAAUAGGUGAUUUUGGACUUGCCAGAGAUAUAUACAAGAACGACUACUACCGAAAGGAAGGUGAAGGGCUUUUACCGGUGAGGUGGAUGGCACCGGAAUCCUUGAUGGACGGUGUGUUCACGUCGCAAUCCGACGUAUGGGCUUUUGGUGUGUUGUUGUGGGAAAUCAUGACUUUGGGUCAGCAACCCUAUCCCGCAAGAAAUAAUCUCGAAGUAUUACACUAUGUUAAGAGUGGGGGGAGGUUGGGAAAACCGGUGGAUUGUCCGGUGGAAUUGCAUUCUCUGAUGCUUCAAUGUUGGCUGUUCACUCCCGACUCAAGGCCAACUUUCAAAUAUUGUUUGGAAGUUUUGGAAGAUCUACAUCAGCAAAAUCUAAGAAACCCUACAACGGGUGCUCAUGUGGGCGAAUAUAUUAGUACAGUACCUGAAUACAUGUAUGGAGUAACCAAUGCAGUAUAUUUUCAAGAUAUCAAUCACAAUACCUCAGAUACAUCUUGGAAGAGCGAUCAAGAAGAGGACAAAGAAAAAACUCCAUUCCUGAUAUCAGAGGGCGGUGAAUCUGAGUGUAAAACUACAGAGAGUGUCCCGAAAUAUUUAGAACUUUUAUGUGAUCCAGCCAGUUCCUUAGAAAAUGAGGGCUAUGAAAUUCCGAAUCAAAUGAUAAAUGACACAUUGGACAGUGAGGACUCUAAAAAGACUCUCAAAAUAACUUCACCGAACAAUAGCAAGAAAAAGAUUUGAUGAAACUGAUCGUUUAGUUCAAAUAACUCAAAAACGAAGAACUAUGAUAAAAUCGUACAAAAUACAAUCGAAAUAAUGUUUCUACUUAAGAAUGAUAUUUUUUCCGAAAUGAACAUGUGUAUAUACUAUAUUAUAUAUAACAUAACAAAAGACUUCUGUGAAUAGGAAAAUAGAUAAUCAUUUGAAACUUAAGUGUAUGUGAAAGUCUAUUAUUGUAAAUAAUUAAUAUAUAAGAAAGCAACAAAUUCGGUCGAGCGUAUAUUUGGAUAUUACUAUGAAAUACUGAUUGCUUUAUUAACUAUAGCAAUACAUUGUUGGUUUAUGUUUAUUGAUGAAUGAUAAUUUAUUGUUAUGAGUGGAAGUGUGAAUUGUGAUUUAUAUUGUUGUUAAUUGUUCGCCAAGUCUAAUUUAGCAUCAAUUCUGUUCUGCAUGCUAUAUUCAAAGGAUUAUUUUUGAAAUUGUAAAUAUGUAACUGAUUUUGGCUGUAAAGAGGUAGUUUUACAAUAAAGAUUCAAAUUAA